AUGUAUGACGGCGAAGGCUCACUGUAUGCAACAGAAUCUUUAAAAGGUCGAGUACUAAAAUGGUCCCCAGGGUCUAUUAAAGGUAGUGGUACAAUUGUGACUAACGGUCGUUUGGACUUUCCUCACGGUCUUUUUGUGGAUCGAGAUAGAAGUAUCUAUGUGACUGAAUGGAAUUUGCAUACCGUUAUUAAAUGGCCAGUAGGUGCGACCAUUGGCAUGAUUGUGGCAGGCGGUAAUGGACAAGGACCAAAUUUAAAUCAGCUGAAGAAUCCAGGCGCUGUCAUUGUUGAUCAAUCGGGCACUGUUUAUGUUCUAGAUACUUCGAAUAAUCGUGUUGUAAAAUGGCCAAAAGGAGCAACGUCAGGAACACUUGUUGUCGGUGAUAUAAAUGGAGGCAGUCAAGCAAAUCAACUUUGGUUUCCUGGCGAUUUGUCAUUUGAUCGCUACGGGAAUUUAUUAGUCCUUGACUUUUUCAACUAUCGAAUUCAGAAGUUCAUGAUUAACAGAAUUUCAUGCGAUGCAAAAAGUCCAAUGACAGCAACUUCUAUAAUCUCGAAGUAG